AUUAUCUUCUUCUCUCUGGGUUAUUGGCUCUGAUUCACUGGGAUUUUAUAGGAUAAUGUUACUACACAGACAAGAUUUGCUCUCUGAUGAAUAUUCUAUUUAUGUGUUUACACCUUUGAAUUUACAUUGGCGAAACAGAUGUUAGGAAAACAGAUAUGGAUAGACAAUAAUAUACAAGCAUAGAUUAAUGAAGGGAACAACCAAUAUUGAAGUGUUUUUAUUAUUAAAUGAGUACUGCCACCUUAUGAAAUGAAAGUUAGUGAAUACAGUAAUCAAAAAUUGAUGAUGGAGGAACUUGAUUUUGAAAAGAUAUGCCGAAUUUGCCUGCAUCAAGGAACUAUGAUGUCUUUAUUCAAAGUCAGCAUGUUCAAGAAAAUGAUGGCUAUUGCCUCUGUUCAGAAUCAAGUAAAUAGAGACGGGCUAUAAUUGAAUAUUGCAAAUUUUCAUUCUGUAUCAAAUGAAAUAAUUAUUUGCAAGUUGCUUCAAUUUUGGUUGCAUUUGCUUAUCACUUAAUAUGAUUGGUAAAAAAACGUUUGGCCAAACGAUGGAUUACCUGCACAAAUAUGUUCAAGGUGUGCUUCCAAGCUUUAUAUUGCUUUUCAAUUGAAGAAGCAAUGCGAAAGCUCUGACACAAAAUUAAGAUUGUAUCAAGCUGCGAUGCCACCGGAAGAAGAGAAGGUAGUUGACGAAAGUCAACCAAGCAAAAUAUCUAACAAUAAUGUGUCUGAUAAGCUGGAAGUGGAACCACAUAGUAUAUAUAUUCAAGCUAACAACAGUUCCAUGAUGGCAAAUUUUAAACCUGAAGAGCCUAAUUACGACCAUUUUUUGAUGGUCAACCCAAGUACCGAUUCAUAUUCAGUACCUUACGCAAAUUUAUCGUCUAGCAAUAGCCAAGUUCAAGUACCGACAUAUACUAUGUCAGAGCAUUUGGUUUAUAAUGAAAAUUCUUAUAGAAUGUCGAACCAGCCACUUCAAACCAAACUUGAGGUUCAACCCACACAACUUAUGCCUAUGGAAAUAAAUACCCCACCGCCUCCAAUUCAACCUGAUCCGAUAGAAACUAAGGAAACGGACACUUCUGAAAAAGACAGCAAUAAUAAAGAAGGACAAGAAGGCAAAGUCUGCACUGUGUGUGGAAAAACAUUUUCAACUACUUCAAAGUUAAACAGACAUACAAAAAUUCAUUCUAGAUUACCCACUGACCUACCGCAUCAAUGCCCUAUAUGCUUAAAAAGGUUUCGGCACACAGGCAAUUACAAAAUGCACUUGAGGAUCCACAAUAAUGAGCGACCAUUUACAUGUCCAAUUUGCUCAAUGGGUUGUAGACAGAGUCAAGAUUUGGAAAAACAUUUGAGAACACAUACAGGUGAACGACCUCAUAAGUGCUCAUUCUGCCCAAAAGCGUUUGCUACAAGUUCAAAUCUCUCGGCUCAUAUUCGAAUACAUACAGGCGAACGUCCUUAUGUGUGCUGUAUUUGUCAAAAAGCUUUUUGUCAAUCCAAUGAACUGACUAAACAUAUGCGAGGCCAUACGGGAGAGAAAACUCAUAUUUGUGAUAUUUGCAAAAAAGGUUUUAAUGGGUCCAGUGGAUUAUUGACUCAUCGGCGACUACACACCGGUGAACGACCGUAUGUAUGCUCUCAUUGUAACAAGAGCUUUGCUUCGUCCACUUGUCUCUACAGUCAUAUAAAAAUACACAAAAAUGCUCUGCCACUCAAAUGCACUCAGUGCGAUCAGAGUUUUAAAACUCUAUUAAAUUUAAAUGAUCACAUAGCUACAGAACACAAAGUGGGGGAAUUAAUAAUCUGUAAAAUCUGCGAUAGUGCGUUCGCAAAAGUAAAUGAAUAUAUACAACAUAUGAAAUCACAUGACGAAGUAGAUAGUUAACGUUUAGAUUAAAACUACUUAUUUUUAAGCACGUGGUAUCAGUCAUUUAUAUGUAAAUUUUAUUACAUUUAGAUUUACAUUCAUUUUCAGGGCGUGUUUUGUUAAGGAACAAUACGUUAUAUUUAAAGUUAUAUUUAAUGUUUUUUUCGUAAAUCCGCAAAUGUAACAGGUGAAAUCCAAAGGAAACUUGAGAAAAGGGAUGUCAUUUUCCUGAUGGAGCUAUAAAUUUGUCAGUUAAGAAACUUUUUCAGAUUUUUCAAGUUUGGUUUUCAAUUGAGUUCCCAAAGCAAUGAUAUAGUGACUUAAAAGCGAUCAAUGCAUAUCAAUAUACCUACAAACUCGGGCUCUCAUUGCAGUACGUUUUAUCGAAAAACUUACAAGAGUGUUUGGAUUUCAUAUCACAGGUUGAAUUUAAAAAUUUUAAUACUGCGUUGAUCCGUUGUCCUGUAUAAAUAAGAAAUUAAUUAUUAUUUUAACAUUCAGGCUAUUUUUUCAACACAAUAACAAAAAUCGCAAGUUUUAUUUGUAGCGUUUAUCUGUAUUAAUAAUUUAUCAGAUUUUUUAAUAGAAAGUUAAAACUGCAUAUUAAAGAGCUAAAAUCUUCGAGAAAUCAACUCAAAUUCGUUUUAAUCGAUUUUUUCGUAUUGUCCAAGCAAACAUCAGUAACUUGUUCAACCUCAUUAAUAAGGAAAAUAACCCCUGAACAAAGUAAUGCUAAUUUCGAAUCAGCCUGUAUAUAAAAAAGGAAAAAAUUGUCAAUAUCGCAUUUGAAACACGGAAAGAAAUCACUCAGUCGUAGUACUGUUCUGUAUCUACAUACAUGUGUGCACAUAAUUCCUAUUGGCACAUUUUAAUGCAACAACAAAACUCUUAAACUGAAGAAAAGUUUUACUUCCAAAUAAUUGUUUAUAUUGUAUUGUAUAUGUAUAUUAUUAUUUUCUUGUUUUCACACCUAGUGAUGAGUAUGGAUACUAAUUUCCUUAAUGUAGAGUAAAAUAUCGAGCAUCCAACAUAUAUUAGUAAAUAUAUUAUGUAUCCAAUUCUAAAUUACAUAUUAAAUAAAAUCGUUAAUAACA